CAUGGCUCCGCCCCUGCUUUUACCCUGGAGCUGGUUCACCCUCACACACACACACACAGAUCCUGAUCAUUCCGCUGAAGAAAGCAGCGCUAAUCACGAAGGAGCGAGUCCCGGAGGAACGACUGAAUCUACCGAACGAUGGAGUUUCUGAAAGACAAGAAAGAAGACGCGAUCGAUGCAGAAACCCACGACGAGCAGAGAGGUCUGAUGGAAGCGGAAGAUGAAAGCGAAGGAGAGAGUGAUGUCGAACAAGAAAGUGACACUGAAGAGGAAAGCGAAGAGCUGCAUGAAAAAUCUUCUAAAAAGAAGGCGUCACAAAAAAGAAAUGGAGCUAGGAAGUCGUGCACCUGCCAUCAGUGUGGAAAGAGUUUCACAUGUAAGGGAAGCCUGAAGGAUCACAUGAGGAUUCACACUGGAGAGAGACCUUUCACGUGCAAGUACUGUGGAAUGGGCUUUAAACAAAGAGCAAGCCUUACAGAACACAUAAGAAUCCACACUGGAGAGAAGCCGUUCAAGUGCACGCAGUGUGAGAGGAGUUUUCGUCAAAAAGGAAGUCUUACAGGGCACUUGAAAUUGCACGCUCAAGAGAAGCCUUUUGCAUGCCAGCAGUGCGGGAAAACUUUUGCAGUCAGAGGAAACCUAAAUCUUCACUUAACAACUCACUCUGAUCAGAAGCCGUUCAUCUGUCCUCAGUGUGGGAAAGGUUUUAAAAAUGCAGCACACCUGAAAACACACGAGACUUCCCACAGUCAAGUGAAGCCGUUUCACUGCCCUCCAUGCGGGAGGAGUUACAAUACAAUGACCGAACUUAGAAGACAUCUAAAGUCCUUCAUACAUAAUAAAUACCUGCCCCUAGAGAAGUUCAUGCUCCAGAGUGGCUCCCAGGGGCAGAUCGGCCAUCUAGCAAAUAAUGCUCCCCGGCCUGGUCCCGAGACGGGCCGACCGGACCCUUCAGGCAAAAUCAAUCACGUCCUCAGAGAGAGUGCAACACCAGCUAAUUUUCAGUAAAAACUAGAUAGUGUUUUUUUUUUUUUUUUUUUUUUUUUGACAGUAGUCUACAUUGUAUUGAAAUAAAAAAAAAAGCUUAGCAAAGAACCCCAGUAUAUUUUAAAAUGUAAUUGCUUCAUGAUAAUUGGUUACAAGUUUUAAUGAGCCUGUUACUGAAUUACAUGACUGAAAUAUCAGCAGAUAAAGUGGGAUUCGGGGGAAACGUAUAGGCUAAAAACCCAUAACCUUAUAGGAGGGACCUGUGCAUGCAACACACACACACACACACACACAGUGUGAGAUCACACUCAGACACAGACUUUACAUCUCACACACUCAAAUGCACAUGCAGCGCAUACUAGCGACACUUCAGAAUAUUUUAAUUCACAAUUAAUUGUAUAUCAAAAAGGAUUUGCUGGUACUAUUUAUAGUUUUUUGCUAUAUAUUCCAUUCCAUUUUGUACUGUUAUUAGUUGUUUUUCUAUUCAGGUGUAUUCCAAUGUUCAGAGCAGUCUAAGAAAAUAUUUAGCUGUGCGUCCUGUACUGUGUUCAUUGUUGCUGGAGUCAGUAGAGCCAGAGAGCCCUGGUCUUCCUGUAGCAGUGCUGUGAGGAAGGAUGAUACGGUCGGCCUAGCGGAGACACAGGAGUGUGGAAGAGGUAGGAAAACAACAGACAGAAUGACAACAGAGAACAACAUACUGUAGAGAAUGAUAGUAACAGCAGACAAAUGGCAUAAAUAGACUGCACACAGACUGUACAGCAUCCUCAGAUUUUUUUUCUUGUGUACAAAUGUAAGUAGUGAUUGUGUGUGUCCGUGGGUGGGGUUGUGUGGGAGUUGGUGAGGCUGAAGUGCCAGGGCUGAAUUUUUGUCCCAGUCCACCCUGAUGGCUCCUCAGCUCAUGGUUUUCCCUCAGGAAUGAAUGUGUUUUUCACUAGGACACACUUCUUGCAGUGAAGAUCCUGCUGUUUUAGUGAAUUCAUGAAUUAAACGAGAAAAUAAAACAUGUCUAUAACUGUAAACAGAUGCUUUACCAUUCAGAGGUAACUACACUUUUAAAUGAAUAAAAUUAACUGUGUAUGAUACCAUUCAAAACAA